UCCACGCAUGCGCACACAGGCAGCAGCCGCCAUUUUGCGCGCCGCUUUCAUCAGUCUUUUGGGUUAAAAAAAAGUAAGCCUUAAGGAGAGCGCUCGCUUCCAAUGGCGUCGGAGAACGAGGCCAGACUUCCUGGAGAGGAAACAGCGUCCCACAGCAGCGGCGGCGGCGCUUCGGAAGGUCCCGGGGGUAGCGCUGGGGGGAUGGUGACGAUGCGGCGCCUCAGCGACCUGCGAGUAAUCGACCUGCGAGCCGAACUGAAGCGCCGAGGUUUGGACAGCAGCGGCAACAAGAGCGUUCUCCUUGAGCGGCUUCGGAAGGUCAUUGAGGAGGGAGGAGGAGAUCCAGAUGAGAUUCCAGUGGUGUCCGAAACAACCAUCAAGAAGACUCCCAAAAGAAAUAGCAAAGGACGUAGACCAGAGGAAGAGGGUGUUGAAGAUAAUGGCCUUGAGGAGGAUUUUGGAGAUGGACAGGAGGAUAUUGAAGCAAGUUUGGAUAACUUGCAGGAUAUUGACAUGAUGGAUAUUAGUGUGUUAGAUGAAGCUGAAAUAGAUAACAGCUGUGCGGUAGACUGCCAAGCAGACGGCAGUGCUGAGAGUGGGCUUGUCUCCCUCUCUGACAGUAAAGGAAAUGCUGAGGCAGGAAGGAGAGAACUUCCACAGCAACUUGCAGGAAGUCCUGCAGGUGACAUUGAGGCACCUCCGCAUUUGCCAGACAUUAAAGAAGACCCGAGAGAAAUACCAGUAGCUGUGGUUGGAGGUGAAGAUGCUGGAAGCAUCAUGGAACUGGUGGCGUCUGACUUCAACAGUGCGAAGGAACUGGAAGAGUUUCCUCUGGAAUCAGAAAAUGAGAAAAUGCUCGACAUUUUGGGUGACACUUGUAAAUCUGAGCCCCUUAAAGAAGACACUUCCGAAGCGGAGCAGGCACAGGAAGCGAAAAACCCGUUGCCGGGCAAAAAGGCAGCCGAGGAAGAGGAAGACACGCUUGCCGCCACCGCUGUGUCAGAAGAAGACCUUUUAGAUACGGAAAGCCUCUCAGCCCAGGCUGUGGGCAGAAAGCAGGAGGAGGCGGAGGCAAAGCACUUAGUGGUAGCGGCAGGGGAGACGAGCGAGCAGACAGGCGAGGAAGCCCGACCGGACUCGGACUGUGUAGCGGUAGAGAGCAGGAGUGGUGGAGGAGGAGGAGGAGGAGGUGGUGAUGAGAGUAGCAAAACAGCAGCUCAAACUCUGGAAGCCAGUAGUGAGGAAAGUGCGGUUAGCCAAGAGGCCGCGAAGACGGAAGAGAAAUCUCAGUGUGCGGAAGACUCCUCCUCUGCCACUAGAGAGUCCUCUGCCCCAGAGGGUGGUGAUCAGAACACGAGUUCUAAUGCGGAUCCAGAAGCUCAAGGUGUUUCCAAAGAUGAGAAGGCCCUGAGUCGGACCAGUAGCAGUUCUGGCAGAAAUCUGUGGGUGAGUGGGCUUUCCUCUUCGACCAGAGCUACAGAUCUGAAGAACUUGUUCAGCAAAUAUGGAAAGGUGGUGGGUGCGAAAGUGGUUACCAACGCCCGCAGUCCUGGCGCUCGUUGUUACGGCUUUGUCACCAUGUCUUCAUCCGAGGAAGCAACCAAGUGCAUCAGCCACCUCCACAGAACAGAGCUGCAUGGGAAAAUGAUCUCUGUGGAAAAAGCCAAAAAUGAACCUGCUGGGAAAAAGGCAUCCUUGGACAAGAAAGAAAGUGAAGUGAAGAAGGAAAAGGAGAGACACCAUUCUGUUGAUGCCAAAUCGGAAAAGUCUGCUGGCAUUAAAAAAGAAGAGAAAGCCGAUAAAAAGGAUGAUACAGAUAAGUCAGAGGAGAAAGAUGGUGGAGAGAAAAAAGAGAUGGAUGAGAACAAAGCGGGAUCCUCGGACCGUGCACGAUCUGUUAAAUCAGCAAGUCAGGGAACUGAGCGGACAGUGGUUAUGGAUAAGUCCAAAGGAGAGCCAGUUAUUAGUGUGAAAACCACAACCACAUCAAAAGAGAGAAGCACAAAAAGCCAUGACCGCAAGUCAGAGAGCAAAGAGAAGCAAGAUAUCCUGUCUUUUGAUAAAAUCAAAGAGCAGAGAGAACGGGAGCGACAGAGGCAGCGAGAGCGAGAGAUUCGAGAGACAGAACGCCGAAGUCUUCCUAGUCCUGGUGAUGGUACUGAUAAUUGGGUGGAUCUCCCACGUGUGUGUACAUUAAGCAGGGAGCGUGAACGGCGGGAGCGAGAGCAGCGGAUCCAGGCCGUCCGGGAGCGGGACGAAAGGCAGCGGCUCCAGCGAGAACGGGAGCGCCUGGAGUUUCAGAGGGAGCGCCUGGAGCGGGAGCGCCUGGAACGGGAGCGCCUGGAGCGGGAGCGCAUGCACAUUGAACAGGAGAGGCGGCGGGAGCAGGAGCGCAUCCAGCGUGAGAAGGAAGAACUGCGGCGGCAGCAGGAGCAGCUGCGCUAUGAGCAGGAGCGGCGCUCAGCCCUGCGGCGGCCCUAUGACCCAGAUGGGAGGCGUGAUGACUACUGGUCGGAAACAAAGCGGAUGGCUAUGGAUGACCGAUACCGUUCUGACUUUGGCCGGCAAGAUCGUUUCCACAGCUUUGACCAUCGAGACCGUGGCCGGUACCAGGAUCAUCCAGCGGACAGGAGAGAAAGUUCAAGAGGACUGCCAGAUCGGGAUGGGCAGCACUACCUGAAUGAGCGACACGGAGGGCCUGAUCGUCACUCGCGAUAUUCACGGGAUGGCUGGGGCGGCUACGGAUCUGACAGGAGACUGAGCGAAGGACGCGGGCUGCCUCCGCAAUCCAGAGAUGGACGUGACUGGGGCGAUCAUGGGCGCAAGCUUGAGGGACAUCAGGAUCGUUCCUGGCAGGACAGUGUUGAUGGAGAGAUGAUAGAGCGUGACCAUGAGAGAUGGCAAGGUGGCGAGCGGGGUAUCCCUGGUCCAGGAGGGCCUGGUCAUGUGAUGAGCAGAGGAGGAAUGUCUGGGCGUGGUGGGUUCGUGCAAGGUGGAGCCCAGAACCCAGUGGCACAAGGGGCAAGUGUACAAGGAGGCUUUACAGGCCAGGAUAGAUCGAACCGACCCAAUGAUGCUCGUUUCACCCGACGCUACUGAAGAUCCUUCUCUCUUUAACGCAUUUACUUCAUUACCAGCGUCACCCCUUUGGACUCUUGUCAUGGAAGGAGUUGAACCACAAAGCCCUGUUUGUAGCUUGCAUAUGAUGUGAACUCAGACAUCCCUCCCCCAAUAUGUUUUUAUUUGGGAUACCACUUGCUUGUUUCAGAGGAAGCAUUCCAUUUUCCAUAAAUAAUAAAUCUAUAUUGUACCGCACUCCUGGCGGUGAAGCCUC